CCCCAGUGACACAAUAGCAGCUCCCUCCAAGAUGGCGGCGGCGACGGCAGACCCGGGAGCUGGGAACCCGCAGGCUGGGGACUCCUCUGGUGGGGACGCCGGGGGCGGGCUACCGUCACCCGGGGAGCAGGAAUUGAGCCGGCGCCUGCAGCGCUUGUACCCUGCAGUUAAUCAGCACGAAACACCGCUGCCGCGAUCUUGGAGCCCCAAGGACAAGUACAACUACAUCGGCCUCUCCCAGGGAAACCUCCGUGUCCACUACAAAGGUCAUGGCAAAAAUCACAAAGAUGCGGCCUCUGUGCGUGCCACCCACCCCAUCCCCGCUGCCUGUGGUAUUUACUAUUUUGAAGUGAAGAUUGUCAGCAAAGGAAGAGAUGGGUACAUGGGAAUUGGACUCUCAGCUCAAGGAGUCAACAUGAACAGACUACCUGGUUGGGACAAACAUUCCUAUGGUUACCAUGGCGAUGAUGGGCAUUCCUUCUGCUCCUCCGGGACGGGCCAGCCCUAUGGUCCCACAUUCACCACAGGGGAUGUGAUCGGCUGUUGUGUCAACCUCAUCAAUGGCACCUGCUUCUACACCAAGAAUGGCCACAGCCUCGGUGUGGCCUUCACAGAUCUCCCGGCCAACCUCUACCCUACCGUAGGCCUGCAGACACCUGGGGAGAUUGUGGAUGCCAACUUUGGGCAGCAGCCCUUCUUGUUCGACAUCGAGGACUAUAUGCGAGAGUGGCGUGCCAAAGUCCAGGGCACUGUCCAUGGCUUUCCCAUCAGUGCCCGGCUUGGUGAAUGGCAGGCAGUGCUGCAGAACAUGGUCUCAUCUUACCUGGUGCAUCAUGGGUAUUGUGCCACAGCCACAGCUUUUGCCCGAAUGACUGAAACCACGAUUCAGGAAGAACAGGCAUCCAUAAAGAAUAGACAAAAAAUCCAGAAGCUGGUGCUGGAAGGCCGGGUGGGUGAAGCCAUUGAAACAACCCAGCGCUUCUACCCUGGGCUGCUGGAGCACAACCCCAACCUGCUCUUCAUGCUCAAGUGUCGACAAUUUGUGGAAAUGGUGAAUGGCACCGACAGUGAGGUCCGCAGCUUGAGCUCCCGAAGCCCCAAGUCCCAGGACAGCUACCCUGGCUCCCCCAGCCUCAGUCCCCGACAUGGCCCUAGUAGUUCCCACAUGCACAACACAGGAGCAGACAGUCCCAGCUGCAGCAAUGGCGUUGCAUCUACCAAGAACAAACAGAACCACAGUAAAUACCCCGCACCCAGCUCCUCCUCCUCGUCCUCGUCCUCCUCGUCCUCCUCUUCCCCGUCCUCCAUCAAUUACUCCGAGUCCAACUCAACAGACUCCACCAAGUCCCAGCCCCACAGCAGUACCAGUAACCAGGAGACCAGUGACAGUGAGAUGGAGAUGGAGGCAGAGCAUUACCCUAACGGUGUGCUGGAAAGCAUGUCCACACGCAUCGUCAACGGUGCCUACAAGCAUGAAGACCUGCAUACAGAUGAGUCCAGCAUGGAUGAUGGGCAUCCACGGCGGCAGCUCUGUGGGGGCAACCAGGCUGCCACAGAAAGGAUCAUCCUGUUUGGCCGAGAGUUGCAGGCAUUGAGUGAGCAGCUGGGCCGAGAGUAUGGCAAGAAUUCGGCCCACACAGAGAUGCUGCAGGAUGCCUUUAGCCUACUAGCAUACUCAGACCCCUGGAGCUGCCCCGUUGGCCAUCAGCUUGAUCCCAUCCAGAGGGAGCCUGUGUGUGCUGCUCUCAACAGCGCCAUUUUAGAGUCUCAGAACCUGCCAAAGCAGCCUCCUCUGAUGCUCGCCCUGGGCCAGGCAUCUGAAUGUCUACGGCUCAUGGCCCGAGCAGGCCUGGGAUCUUGCUCUUUUGCCAGAGUCGAUGACUACUUGCACUAGCUGACCUUCUUGGCUGGCUCUGUCCAGCCGUCCUUCAGCCCUAGGGCUGGAGCAACCCUGCCCGCCAUAGGCAUCUGGUACAGAGACCUGGAAGCCAUGGGCAGAGUCCCACUCCUCCUACCUGGCCGGUCCUCCCUCCCUCCCUCCCCCUCCUCCCUCCC